CUUCUAGUAGAGCCACCACGCAAAACAAUCCUUGAUACGGCAAGUGACGAUUUCGUUGAGGAAACCAACGAUUUGAUGGAAAAUGUGCGACGAAAGGUACGUCCGCACCAAUACCCAUGUCAGUCAGACGCUCAAUACUAGAACCAUGCACUUACAGUCCUAAAGCAAUCGGAGUCCUUAUGGUUUUAAAUACUGAAUCAGUUAUGUUUAUAUUUCAGUUUAAGUCACCGGCCCUGUUAUUAAUUUACAGACAGUCAAAUUAGCUUUGAAUAUCGAUAAAUCAUUUUGGAGAGAAAUACUAUGAUAAUUGUGGGCGGUUGUGCUCCAGGACACGCUAUCGCUGUGUAACUUAAAAAAAUUGCUUGACAGUGGCAAAACGCCAUACAAACCGAAUGAGCAAUAAUAGGGUUUUUUCAUUAAUCCUGAACGAAAAUUUCGCUGUUCCUUAUUCCAGUCAAAAUGAGAAAAAUUAUUGUUCCAAAGGGUAUUAUUGACCACCUGAUUAUUCCAUUAUUCUAAAGGACAAGAUUUCUGUGAUUAUUUAUCUUCAGUCACUGAAAAAGAAUUACUUUACACAGAAAUUGUUGUACUUCAUACUACUUCAAGAAAACCGUUGACGUUUGACCAUUUUCUAAUCCCCUAUACUGCUCCCUCCCCCUCCCUAUGUGUCGUUAAUGAUGUAUAUUUUGCAAACCCUCCAUUCUUACUUUGGGUUAUAAAAAAGCCGCAAACCUUUUGACAGCCGCUUUGUUUGUGUGACUCAACAUCUAGGAUAUAAACAAGUUCUGAUGUGAUUCAUUUUGUUUUUGAAAUCAAGUAAAAAGUAAUUAUAAAUGCGAGGUUAAACGGAGUGAUUCUCACUUAGCCGAAGCUUAUUUUUAUGUAAGAGAUGAAUUCAUUUAAUCGCUUUAUUUUGAGUCAUUUAAGGCAAUGGACUACAAAAGCUUAACGUUCUACUCUUUUAUCAGCCGGUUUGCGCCAUUUUUAAUUAUAGUUUUCCUCCUUACUGAAACAUGGCGCGCCAUUUCUUCGGGCCAAAUCUAAUUAUUAGAAUUAUUAGAAAUAACUACAGUCAAACCUAUAUCUUUGGGAAUGGCUUACUGACCGCUUAAUACAGAUUGACUCUUCAGCUGACUCUUUCAUACAAGUUUGCCAAACCUAUCUAUGACCGGAGUUUAUCAAGAAAAUCAAGAUGGUGACAAUGCGAAAUAUCCACAACACGGCAACUGUUGAAGGGGUACACAAACUGUUUCACCUUUUUUUGUGCCAAAGUGACCGUUGAACAGGUGGAGACAAUAAAAAAUAACUCGUUGGGACCAUGAAAAAGGUGACCGCUUCAGAAUAUAAGGCCCGGUUCAGACGCCGCUCCACUCAUGUGCCGAACCUAACUGAUGAAUUAAGUACGGCAAAAGAUCAGAGCGGCGUCUGAAUCAAUUUGGUACGGCACUUUUAGUUUGGUGCGGCAAAAGCGUUAAGUUCGAAAGAGUCUGUCGAACUUUUGUCGAAUUUAACUUAGGCUCGACACACGGUACGCCGUCUGAAUCAGAUGUCGCGCCAGUGUCGCUCCAAAGUCGAACUUAUUCAGUUAGGUUCGGCACGUGAAAAGUACGGCGUCUGAACCAGGCUACAGGUCAGCUCUAUAGUAAUUCCGGGACUUACGAAAGUUACCGCUUAAUGCAGGUCCACUCAACUUAAUACAGGUUAGAUUGUAUGUUAUGAGCUGGACAAGGAAAGUAAUGUUACCGCUUGCUUACUAGCGGUGAAAGAUUUCACUUAAAGAUUCUAAAAUAGAUUUAUGUACUUUUAACAAAUCACCUUAUUCAAAUGUACGCUUCAUCUAAGAAGAAAAUUAUGACAUAUCAGUUUUUUAAUAUGGAUAAUAUAUAAUCAACAAUCUUACCAUUUUUACCUACGCUAAUAGGGAGGUUACGCAACGACGACGAGGGCGGCUACGAAAAGAUCACUUAAAAAGUGAAUUUCACUCCCUCAGACUUAACCUCGUUAAAUCCGUCAAAUGUUGGCAAAUUUUUUUGGAGUUGAAUUCUAAAGUGAGGACUGGUUCAAAGUUCAGGAAAAGAAAAAGAAAGUUGUCUUCUGUUUCUGUCCUCGACAAAACGUGAAAUUAGUGCGUAGUUUCACGUUGGAGUCGUGCAACGACGGCAGAGAAACGUACAAAACAGCAUGAUGGACGUGCAAAGUUGUUGUUUUGCUUGUCCAAACCUAUUUCGUUUUUGCCGUUCUCCUUGCCCUCGCCGCCGUCGUUGCGUAAACUCCCUAAUAAAAAAGUGUGUUCACAGCUCAGUCGCUGAGUUGUCUGAGUUGAGAUCUAGAAUAGACGGGCAAUAUUUUUAUAGUCUAUACAUCUAUGUGGUCGAGUGAGCUAGUGAUUAACUAAAGGCUAUUGUAUAAGCAGUUCUCGCUGCUCUUUCGAGCUCUUUGAGCAAUAUUAAAACCUUUCAUGCUCCGGAUGAAAAGCUGGAAAACAAGUCUACGUUUAAUCUAACCACCCGUCCGAGUCAUGAUCUGUAGUCGUUUUAAACUAAAGCACACUUCCAUUAACCUCCCUAAAUACUGAGCCAUACGCGUUACAAAGCUUGUUUAAAUUUAAAGCGGAAUUCAUGACAACUCAAGAACGGCUAUGCUUAUUUAAAGUCUUUUACUUGUUUCAUUGACGAAAAAUGUUCAGGAACCUAUUUAGCUUCUUUUCCCAAAUCGUCUACCCCCGUUUCACUGUUUCGCUUUAUAAGUAACAUACUCUGGAUAUUUCAGUCGCUUCAAUUGUGUCAAUGAGGCAGUGAACUGUCUUUUUGAGCUUUUAAACACACUCUAUUUCCUGAUCCCGGGAAUAAUAAAUUUUUAGACCAGCAGUGACUUUUAAUUCUUCUGCAAAACCUUGUAGCUGUAAUUGAUGGCAUACUUUAUUCUGCCUUCCAGAAUGAAAGAAUAAAAUUGCUUAUAGAUAAUUGCAGCUUAGUUUCUGAUAUUUGUUCAACAUUCACUUUUUUUUUUUCAUUUAUUUGUGAGCUCUUUGUUGCAGUGUUUUAACGGCUUGUGCUGAAGCCGCAAGGUAUCGUUGUAACGAAGUCACUAAUGAUUAAUUUCAAGAUUUUCAGUUAGCUGUUGUAUAACUUUAGAGCUCACUGUUACGUAAGAGUUGAAAUUAAGAAAUAGCCAAGUUUGGUUUAGCCUGCGAACCGCAGACGCAUUUCCGGGACCGGAAAUGCGUCUGUGGUUUGCAGGCUAAGUUUGGUUAGGAAAGGCUCUGGAAAAGUACAUGCACACUGUACAUCACGUGAACUCAUUAGUAAAGAACAAAGAUUUGUUUGUCCCUUUUAUCCAGACGAACCUGUUAAGAUCCAGUCUAACCUGUCUUAAUGCGUCAAUCAAGGUGUGUAUCUAGCCUUAAAAUCGAUCAACCCUAGCACUGCAGUCAGUUCAGCUUAGUCGGUGACGAAGUGAACUACAACAGCUUAACUGGACUUUUGAGUACGUUUCGACAAAGAAGCAAUCACUUCUUCUCAACAUGGCUCUUUCAAAGCAAGUAAGUGAAUUUUCCCGACUCCAAGCAAUGAAUUUGAAGUCUAAUCUACUUUGACAAUAAGGACUAACCUUUAGCUGUAUUUGUAGCACACUCAGAUCAUGCCACACCCUAACGACAGUUGUCAAAAGUUACUGAAAAGGCUUACUCUCAGUUGACUCAGUUACUGCAUAAAACAUAAAGCUGUAGAAUUUUCUGAUGUUCAGUUACUUGCCUAGUCUGCUACACAGCCGUUUUUAGGGUCGUCACGCAAUGCUCCUCCUCCUUUUAAAUCUAUUUUUGUACUAAACGUAAUCAAUUGUCUUUCAAGUGGAAUUCUGCGAGUCAGUUCUUAUUUAUUUUUAGAGUUUUCCUGAGUUUAAAUACAUUUUGUCUCAAUAACUGAACACACGAUCCAAAAUGAAAAUUUUCAAAACAAGCCUUAGUCACUGCAGAACUAAAUGACGCUGUAGACAGUUGCCUAUCACUACUGCUGCGAUUUCCUUUUGGAAAGCGUCUUUGAGAAAAAAGUCUUGACUGUUACUCAAAAACACUCCCGGAAUACUAGAAGCAGGAUCUUCUCGUGCGUGAAUUUUGUAUGGGGUGGCGUUCGGGGGAGAGAGGCUUGCGCACUCACCAGAAUUUAAUCCCCCCCCCCACCCCCCCCCACCCCCCCCAUUUUUUACAUUUUUUGUAUCCGUAAAGAAAGUUUAGUAGAUAGAACGAUUUCUUUCUUUCUUUUGGAGUAAAACAAGAAAUAUUGCAGAACAGCAGAAAGGCCCCUUCGUCAGCACACUGACUCGAUGAAUGAGCCUUCAAAGGUCGGUCUGAAGCGUUUCCAGAGUGGUGAAAUUUCAAGCCUUUCGAUAAAGUAGUAAACACUGGGUAUAGAGGAGUUCACUUUGUCGUGGGGGCAUCCAAAACUUUAUAAAAAACCAACUCUCUUGUAAAAGCCCAUUCACAUUGGUUAUGUCGAUCAUUAUUGCGUUACUUUUCUAUAUAUACCGCAGGCCUAGUUAGAGCCUAUGCCUUAUAGUACAGGCUCUCGCAGUUGUCUUAUAGAAGCAAUACCUUUUAAAACUUCAAGAAUUAAGUCGUCGUUUUGCUUAGUUGAAUCUAACGUGAAAACCUCGUGAAUCUAUCGACAACGAUAAAGAAAAUCGAUCUUUACCCCUUUUUACGGCUCGUAUCUAGCCAAAGACUACAACUUUUUUACGAGAUUAGUUUACUCAGUACAGCUUUCAAAAAGUCAGCUGUCUUUCAAAACUUCUAUCGAGCCAAUCGGAAUGCCUUAGCGGAGCCUAUUCUAUCAAUGUUUAACCGGAAAUAUGGGAACGGAUUUUUUCAUUUUAGUAUUUAUUUAAUUAAACACCCAAAAAAGGUAAAAAGGUAAAGAUCGUUUCAUUCACUGCUUUUGCACUUGUCAUGCGCACUAAGUUUGCAACGGUUAAUAAAACCGGGUGCGUGGAUUGAUAUUUGCGCG